UUUUCAUAUAAUCAUAAAUCAUAAACUCGUGUCCAACAAAUUACAGUACAGAAACUCAGCUCAGCUCCAGCCUCCAAAGUCUUCUUUGAUGGCGUCAUUCUCUCAUCUUCUCUUUCUCUCUCUACUCUUUCACUCCGCUCUGUUCAUCAAAUGCGACGACGAGGAAGACAAUCUUCUUCAAGGGAUCAACCAGUACCGAACAUCUCUAAACUUGACGGCUUUAACCAAGAGUGACCGAGCAGAAUGCCUAGCUAGUGAAGUCGCGGAUCAGUUUAAGAAGCAACCUUGCACCAACACUACAGGUGCCAACACCGUACCUGGAACCGAACCUCAGAUUUCCAGCUUCCCUAACCUCCUAACAAAAUGCCAUCUGAAUGUCACCACCACGAGGGACGGGCAGAUACUGCCAGCCUGUGUUCCCAAUCUCGAUCCAACCCUCGUGCUCUCCAACUUCACAAAGUCGCUCUACUCUGGCUAUCUCAAUGACACCAAGUUCAGUGGUGUUGGGAUCGGCUCCGAGGACAACUGGAUUGUUGUCGUUCUGACUACGAGCACACCUGAGGGUAACUACUCACCGGGAACUAAUGAGAACAACGACGCCGACAAUGGAGCGGCUGGCCUCAGCCCGAUUGGUGCCAUGGUGCUUCUGCUAGUUGGUUUGUUCAUGUUGAUGUAAACUUGAUUGAAGAACAGACAAUACACCAGCACGACGGCGUAUAUUGUAUCUUUUGUUUGAGCAGACAUUCUCUUACGAUGUAGUCAUACAUGGAAUUGUGUUUCUCUUUCUUUUACAAACUCAUAAUUUUUCAGAUGGGAGAGUCGAAGUCCUUGUAGUUUGUGUUUGUUGAGAUAUCUCGAUUCGACUCGACUCGUUGUUGUUUUUAUUGGAAUAUUAAUACAUUAAACUAUUGUGUCGUCUAUUA